AUGUUAUCGCACUUUCGCUUUCUAUUGCCCAUAGCUCUGAUCGGGGCUGGCGCAUCUAUUGCAGCUUCCGUUGGCACCAGCUCGACUUGCGAUGCCUCUUGUCUGGAGAUUGUACAGAAUGGAAAUGCAUGGGAAAUAGACCAGCACGCCUCUCGCGACUUCGCAUUCUACGAAGCCCCCUCCAACUUUUCUUCCAAGCUUUCUCCUGGAAGUAUCCUCACCGUGGAGCCGGUUACCGAACUGGCGAACUACAGCGUUCCCAGUGGUCUUACCAUGUCUCGCUUCAUAUACACCACUAAUGAUCUAAACGGCACGACUCUUCCGGCUUCUGCGUAUAUCCUGUGGCCGUAUACACCACUCGCUACCGGCAAAAACCAAGGAUAUCCGAUGGUUGCAUGGGCUCAUGGUACUUCUGGCGUACUCAGAGGGUGUGCACCGAGUAACUAUCGCAGCCUUCAGUAUCACUUCCAGGCCCCGUUCGCCCUCGCUCUGCAGGGAAUGGUGGUUGUUGCGCCGGACUAUGCUGGACUCGGCGUCGACACUUUGCCGAAUGGACAGAAGAUCGGACAUCCUUGGCUAACUGGACCGGCGCAGGCUAACGAUCUUGCCAACGCCAUCCUAGCUGCCCGCGAAGCAUUCCCCAGUAUUCUGAAAGCCAACGGUCCCUUCGUCACUAUGGGCCAUUCACAAGGUGGAGGAGCAACCUGGGCUUUCGCAGAAAAGCUGGUCAAGGAACCAAUUGCCGGAUACAAGGGAACCGUUGCUAUUGCACCUACUACGCGGAUAAUCGACCAUCUGAAAGACGCUUUUAGUAACAUCACGGAGCCGUGGGCUCAGGUCAUCAUAUCUGGACAGCCAAAACUUAUAGCUGCGGUGACAGCGGCCUUCCCUGAAUAUAAUUACUCUGGCUUGACGCCUACGUCAUACGAUAGAUGGUUCAACGUCUUGGAGCCUUUGGAUGGAUGCUUGCCGACGGACACUCUUGCCUUUACCAAUGUGACUACCGACGAACUAGCUAUUGCCAACUGGUAUGACGCCCCCACGGUUCAGGAAUUUGCCAAGUUGGCGGAAAGUGGUCGGAAGCAAUUCAAGGGUCCACUGCUCAUCGUCUCUGGAGAAGCGGACAUUGUGGUCCCUCUUGACACGGUUGAGCCUGCGGUAGAUGAUACUUGCGCCAUGUUGAAACAAGAGCACUGGAACGAGUCGCUAGAGUUGAUCACCUACUCAGCCAUGGACCAUUUCCCAAGCAUUCAAGCUAGUCAGAUGAAGUGGUUGCCAUGGAUUAAGGAUCGAUUGACUGGUGCACCUGCACCAAAAGCCGGAUGUGUCAAAAAUGGGGUGAAUGGAUUCCGUACAGAGGACACUUUCCAGACCGCGUUCCCAAACUUUCUGGAGGGUUGGGCUAGUGUCGAAGAGAGCUGGAAAUAUGGUCUUUGA